AUUGAAAAUGUCUUGAUUAUCGUUUCGUUAUCACUUAUCAGUUUGGUUAAUCACAACAUACAGUGUCUUGUUUUUCAACAUACAAGCACAGCAGCAAAAUGAGCGUGCAUGAUAUUGAAAGUUUUGUGAAAGUUGUGACCUACAGUUUAAUUCUUAUAUUUAAGUUCCGUGACAAGCACAUCACCUCAAAGAAAAUGCAAAUAUUUUUUUCGAGCUGUCACUUUUUGCGCCUUGUUCGACAAUUUAUAUUGGCUGUUGAUGCUGAGAUGCAUGAAAUUCCAACUGACUUAAUGAAAAACAUCUUGAAAAAGUAUGGAAAAGUUAAUGCUCAAUUAGAUUUAGAAAAUGUUAUGAUUUUUGGGACAGACGUUUUGCCCAAAAAUGAAAAGCUCACAAAUUGGUUACUUGUUCAAACAUCCUAUGGCACUGCUCGCUGGGUGUGCGCCAUAAACCUUCCUAUCAAGAAAAUGGGCAACAAAUGUUUUUGCAGCUAUCAACUUUAUCACAAUCUAUUUAACAGAAAACCUAAAACACCCAUCCAGGUUUUCCCAGAAACCCUGCAGCAAAGCAGUAUUCCAUGGGCUAGUAUUGCUCGUGUUUCAUUGUUAAAUUCCAGUCAAACUAAUAAUGACAUUGUUGAAAAAAUGAAAAAAUUCUUCAGUUCAAUAAGGUAUGUUCAAGCAGGUGACUUGAUUGAAGUGGACAAAGGUCUUAUGGUCAAAGUAGAAUCAGUUGUUGCUUCAAAGUCUGUGAAAAAGAAUAUUGGAUACUUUGUUGAAAAUCAAAAGUCUUCUUUAUUUCAACUAGCUAGUGUACCUUCAUUAAAAUUUUCUGUUGAAAAAAAAUUAAAGACAAACCCAACAAAAUGGAACCUAAGAACUUAUGAAGAAAUCGAAAGUUGUAUAAUGCCUAAUCGACCUCCUGGCUUGACUGAAUAUUGUGAUAUUUUGCAAAAGGUUUUAGCACCAUUUGUUGAUAUUGGCACUACUGAUCUCUUAGCGAAUUGGAGCUCCUCCGUAGCACUUCCAACAUUUUUAAUGAUAGGGCCGUCUGGGUCUGGCAAGCGAUUAAUUGUUAAAUGUGUCGCGGAUUUCCUGGGUCUUGAGUUUGUUGAAGUGUCCUGCCUUAGUCUACUCGGCGAAUCCAGCAAAGCCUCAGAAUUACGGAUUCGCAGCGUUUUUGAAAACGCUCGUCAAGUUUCUCCGGCUAUUCUAUACUUGACAGAUAUUGAAGUUGUCGGUAAAAGUCGCGAGGGAAAUGUUGCAGACUUUCGAAUUUUGCGCUUCUUUGUCUCUGAAAUCCGCCAACUUCAAUCGGAAUUGACAAAGAUGGAUUCUACAUCUCCACUUUUCAUAAUUGGAAGUUGUCGAGAUAGAAAUAAAUGCUCAUCGGAUGUCUGCGGGGCAUUACUGCAUCAUAUAACCAUCGAUGGUCUUAGUGAUGAAGAGAGGAUUACUACUCUUGGAUGGCUCCUUGAAGAAAGUUCUUCGGUAGUCGGCACACCUUUGGAAGAUCUAGCCCGGAGAAUGCAUGGAUUCCGACUGGGAGACCUGAACGCUGUCAUCUCAAUUGCUAAAAGGCAUGCUACUACGAACAUUAAUAAUGCCACCUCUGACGUAACCGUGAUUCCGUCGUCUUCCAUUGAUCAUGCUAUAGGUCUUGUUCGCCUUUGGCAGAGCAAAAACAUGAACGCUCCAACUAUUCCCGAAGUUCGUUGGGAGGAUGUUGGUGGAUUACAGCACAUCAUCACUGAAUUACUUGACACAAUCCAACUUCCGCUAAAGUUCCCAGAUCUAAUUCAAAACGGACUUAAGCGAUCAGGUGUUCUGCUGUACGGACCUCCUGGAACGGGUAAAACAUUACUGGCUAAAGCUGUGGCCACUGAGUGCAAUUUGCACUUUUUAAGUGUCAAAGGCCCUGAAUUGCUCAACAUGUACGUCGGUCAAAGCGAAGAAAAUGUUCGCAACGUAUUUCAAGCAGCCCGCCAAGCUUCACCAUGUUUAAUCUUCUUUGACGAAUUGGAUUCCUUGGCCCCUAAUCGUGGUCGUAGUGGAGACUCAGGUGGAGUGAUGGAUAGAGUUGUUUCACAAUUGUUAGCUGAAUUGGACGGCAUCAACAAAUCAGCAGUCGUCUUCGUAAUUGGUGCUACAAAUCGACCUGAUUUGAUCGAUCCAGCUCUUUUAAGACCCGGCAGGUUUGACAAACUUCUCUUUUUGAGCGUUAACGAUUCAAAGGAAUACCAGCUGUCUGUCUUGAAAGCACUUACUAGAAAGAUUCAGUUACAUCCAUUAGUAAAUCUUGAAGAUUUCGUUCAGCAGCUUCCGAAAUAUUUAACCGGUGCCGAUUUAUAUUCCCUUUGUUCCAACGCCAUGCUUAAAAGCGUGGAAAGAAAUAUCCAACUUAUAAAUGAAGGUCAUACGAUAUCCGAAGGAGAUCGAAUGUUAGGUACUGUAGAUUUCGAAACAGCUGCCCGUCAAUUGGUUCCUUCCGUUUCUGCCAAAGAUCUGUCGUCCUACAGAGAAUUGGAAUGCAAGAUCAAUCAGUCAUCCCAUUAGUAGAGCUCUUAUGUUUAUUGAGUUCAGACAUGUUUGUCAAAGCAUUAGCUAUAUCUAAUAAAAAUCUAUCACUAUCAUCAA